GCGCCUUGGAAGCUUUCGGUUAGAUGACACAGCCUUCUGUGGGCAUAUCUUGUGACCGAAGGUCCAGGCUGCCAUAGGAGCAAGUGGCGCGGAAACAAUGGAGCCGCCGUGUUCUGGGAGUUCUGCUCGACCAUAUGUGGACAUCAUCGUCGACGAUCAGGCUUUUCGGAUAGAGCGAGAGCUGCUGACCAAUUGCAGCCCAUUCUUCAAGCGCACAUUCGAGAAGGAUGAGAACAGAAAGAAAAACAAAUUGAAACUCUCCGGUGUUUCUGCUGCUACUUUCAAGAUUCUACUGCAGUACAUGAACACAGGUCAAUUCAUCGUGACACCAGAAAACGUGACUGAUGUUUUCAGCGCAGCCUUCCGCUUGCACAUGUCAGAGGUCGUCAAAAAGUGCAUACAGAUGGAAACUGAGGCGACUCCGAUGGGACAACAGAUGUUGAUGUACUCUGCUGCACGGAGGCUGAAUCUCGAAGAUGAGGAGAGGCGGUCCUUCAAUUUCUUGACGUCUCACUUCACGUCUGUCGCUACUACCAAGGAAUUCCUCGAGAUGGAAAUGGAGGAUGUUAUGCAGCUCAUAUCAGCCGACACCAUAGGCUGCCGUCGUGAAAUGGAAGUGUUCGAAGCUGCCAUGCGAUGGCUGAAUUACUUCCCUGAGCAACGUUACAAGCAAGGGGACAUACUUAUGAACAAAGUGCGGUUCGACAACAUAAACCUCCAAGAACUGCACCAAUGUCUCGAAUGUCCGGGGGUCUCCGACAUGGGCGACGUCAGCAGAAAAAUCGUCAGUGCCAUCAGCGCAAGGCUCACCAACCCAAGAGGCGGUAUCAACAGGAAAAGGAGGCUGUACAAGCCACUGCCAGAAGUGCCCAUUAUAUCUGCCACUGCCCACGCGAAGGACGACUCGCACUCAACGACCACAAAAGCGGUCCCACAAUCUGUCGAUCCCACGAGUGGCACCUGCACAUCAGAUCGUUCCUGGAAGGAUAAAGCAAGCCGUAGCAAAGGUGCUUGCCUGGUGACCAAAGAGCCUUCAAAGGGAGGCUUCGCAACCCAGCAAACAUCUAAUGUCGACAAAGAUAAUGACCAUAAACAUGAGUCCUUCAUCGCUGGACGUCAUUCAAGAUUCUACUAUGACAGUUUCUCCCACUAUACUCAGCCGCAGCGUCAAACAGGCAACGUCAACGCAUGCAAUCAGGAUCUUGACAAUUCUGGAUCACUUAUUGAAGAAGAAACGCAGGCGAUGCGACGCAUGCAGUCUCAGUUAGAGGAAGUACAUACAAUCCGCAGAGUGAAAAAAGCAAAAUCGCGACCCGGCGCUGGUUCACAAAACUUGGAAGAGGACAGUUUACUCGUCUCACGAGACAAGAAGAGCGUUCCGGCACCAAUGCCAGUCAUGGGCGUACCAGUUCAACCAGAAAGGUUCUUCCUGGAAACACCAAGAGUCGUUUCCUUCCCAUGUAGGACGCCAUUAGAAGAUAUAAAAGUGCCAGCUUCAGAAGGGCCGCACGAGGAAGCGGAGAUGAGGACACCUGAACUCUGUUCCAUGUCUUCGGGUCACUCCGUAGGUGAAGUUCCAUACACUGACGAAGCACGCACUGCCAGUCCAAUGUCCGGUGAUGCAUGCUCCGUUAUGUCGGCCGUUUCAACCAGACCUUCCAGUGUUUCCUUGGGUGAAUUACGUGCCCUUUCUGAAUAUGCAGAGUCUUCUAGUGCGCGCACCGAACUUAGCUUGUCUUCUGUGUCUAUGUACAGCCUUCCCAUAGAGGAGCAGUCGCAACCGGAGAUAUUUCGAAGGGUGUCGAGCGUUAGCAGCGACAACAAACAAUUGCAAAGUAGUGCUUCGAGCACCGAGAGUAAAAACUCAGAAAAAUCGUUUCCCGCCAUCUUUUCCGGUGACUGCACUGAGUUGUCAGACUACAAGACUGGUGGAUCAGAAAUGAAGUCUUUUGAAGCUACAAAAAUUUUAGAUGCGCUUGGGAUGUCGGGUACCGUUAAUGUCACGAAGAUUGCUUCGAUUGAGGGUGCUUUGUUUCACCGCACAAUUGGUGAAAUGACUCCCUUGUGUCCUGCAAAGAAAGAGAGCAUUGUUCAGAUGGAAGUCGACGUUACGGCAGGAGGAUUUGAAACGCCCGAUGUCAUGAGCGUUACCGACAUUACUCAAAACGAAGGCGAUACGAAGACUCUUGAAGAAGGACCUGCUACGCCGUUCUGUGACCCAGUUGACAGCCUUUCCAAGCUGUCACCCAUGCACAUGGGUCAUCUUGUGCAGGAAAAUGCAAUACGUCCAUCACCAUUUCAACCUCGUAGAACAGAACAAUGGAUCGCCCCACAGUUGCUCACCGACUAUAAGCUAGGUCGCCUUGCAGAGACGAUCAACGCAUCUCAGAGAGAGGUUUGUGUGCUUGUGACGCAUACAAAGCCCAUACGAUUUGCCCAAGCCGUCGCAGAGCAGAGAGAUUCCCUGGACAUUCUGGGAAGUAUCGGUGGCAUUGAUGGAACUCAAGAAUCAUCCAGUUCACACGAUGGAGUUCAAGUUCCUGACGGGAAUGUACUCGAGCUUGCAGAUCACGUUCCUCUACUACACGACGAUUCAGAGCAUCGCUAUGGCGAGGACACAAGUGAGGGUGAGGCGCGACAGAGUGUGUACGAUCCACGAAGUUCUGCAGAAAUCGUAUCGUAUCCACCUGAAAUUAGCAGCACUCACGGUGGGCUCCCACUGGCUGAGUUUCCCAGUCAGGACAAUUUUGGAACUCCACAAGGUACGCUGUCUUUUGAUGUACCUUCGAAUGAACUGGUUGCGCGGGACAUCGAUCGCACGACUGCUGCACCUGCCGAGCUCUACGAUGCCAGUAGGCCCUUUGAAAUGCUUCCGAGCCAUCUGACUGAUAGCCCAGCAGAACCACUGGUGCACCAAGAGAUUGUAGAGGAAGAGAAAGCGCGAGGACCUGCCGAGGGCACAGUUUCGCAAGAUAUUCGUCACGGAAGGGAGGCUGAGUCACCAGAUGAGCCAACUGUCACAGAAGUCGGGAAGAGAAGCGAAGAAUUGAAGGAAAGUGACGAAAGCGAGCCUGGCCUUCCGCAUCUUGAAAUUGAAAGUCUUCCUUCGGAAGACGAAAGCUCAGAUAGGGGUGAAGUGAGGGCAUUGCUAGCACACGCACUGUCACCUCCAGUGAAAGCCUCUGAAAAGGCACUCGAACCGUUUACGGAGGCAACUGGAAGCGAAAUAGUAGAGAGGUUAGAAUUUGAAGAUCGGGACCUGUAUGACACUCAUCCGCACAAGGCACCUGAUGCACCUUCGGGUGAGACCACUCAGCUAGCACUCCACACGUCGGCCACGAGCAGAGAAAUGCUAUCUUACACACCAGGCAGUGCUGAGUCAAUACCUUACGACGCAAUAGAAGGGAAAGAUAAACCGAACGUCGGUACGAAACAACAUGAAGUACACUUGGAUGCUUUCCAGGCGGAACCAGUGGAAAGUGCUGAACUUGUGCCGCUACGAACAGAUGAAGACAAGGAUGUGAUGUCGUACGACCUGACUGAAACUACUGCAUAUGAAGCCGUGAGACCAGUAAUUGAGAAUAAACUAACGGAACACACACCCUUUGAGAUAAGGAAACCGACUGAGCGACAAAGUGUCGUUAAAGGUGCUGUGUAUUCGACACCGGGGCAGGCAGAGGGAUACGCAAUAGUUGAGCGCACAGGCAACGAGACUCCAGAAACGCUUCAAAAGUACGAAAUGACGGAACACGAGAAACCUCAGCCGCCAGCGUCACUGAAAGCGCAAGAGAUGGCGCAGCCCACGGUAGAAAAUACACCGGUAGAGAAACAGACCAACGAACUGUCCGAGCAGAUUGAGCACCCGGCAUCGGCGCGGGUAGAAGAGGCUGAACUAACCGAACAGGUGACCUUUGAGUCACCGAAAGCGAGAGACGUAAACGAGGUAGCAGAAAGCACGGGAUAUGAAACCCCGAAACCGACUGAAAAUACUGCAAUUGCAAAGCCCAAAACACGCGAAGUUCUGAAACAUAUCGACGAGGAUAAACUUGCUGUUAACGCAAUACAUGUUUCGUCACAACCUGUGGAAUCAACAAAACCCAUAAAGGUGAACGAAGUUGUAGAGUGGGCGGCGCAUGGAGCACUGCAACCGGUACAGGAAAAGAAAAUCGUCGAGCGCACGAUAGGUGAGACAUCAAAACAACCCACAGAGGACUAUGCAGUAGAGCACGCGGUAAGUGAAAAAGUUGAAUCCACUGGCGCCAAUGAACUUGUAAGCCUUGGGGGUCAGACGCAGACUCAGGCGCCGAUAGAAGCAAGGAGGCAUGAACUUGAUCGGAGGGAACAUGGUCCUCUUGAAGAGAGUGGACAGCAUGCAAUAGAGCAUGCAGCACAUGAGUCAUCGCGGCUUUCAGAACAUGAACUUGCUCUGCACACGGGAUACGAGACACCUGUAUUGACAGAAGAGACAUCGAGAAUGACAGAGCACGAAGUUGCACAGCCAGCAACGUAUCAGGUACCGGACGUUGCGGGAAAGCAUGGACAUCAUGAGCACCUGGCGGGUGCAAUGCAAGAAGGCGAGAACAAGGUGACAGAAUACACAAGGCAUGAGCUACAAAUUGACAAUGUACACGACCUUGCCGAACACAUGUUGCCGGAGCCGCUGAAACCAAAAGACACAAACUCAGUAUUAGUCAAGCAAGAUGAAACACAUCUCGAACCACAUUUCCAAAGCUUUCACGUAGAUCUAAGUGAACAGCUGGAGCCUCGGGCUGAAGAUGUCUCUGCUGCAGGGCUUGUCGAUAAAGAGAUCAGUAGCAACACUGCCCUGGAACAGGCUCGCCGUAGUGUGGAUCAGCCACAAGGCGCUGAAAACAAACGUGAACCCGACCUUGAGCAACAUUGGGUUACUGAACCCCAAAAUGACGCGCAUAUAACGGAGAUUCAGCACCCUACAACUGAUAUUAGUGAAGUCACAGCCAAGACUCCAGACGUGGCGUCAAACACUAUGGUCGAUUCUUGUGAAUCUUUUCAGAGCACUAUGUCCAAAGUUCCCGACGACGAGACAGUUGUAGCUGUCUUGCAGGAAGCAAAACAAGAGUCACUAGUGGAGGCUGCAGAAGAGCCUGAACCAAUCGUGAAAAAACCAGAUGUCUACCAAGUCAUGGAAGCACAAGAUGAGCAUGAUAUGGUAUUGAGUGAAGCGAACUCAGUUAACCAUAUGUAUCAACAGCUAGUCUCACUUCUACAGGACGAUGUCAUCUGUGCGCAUGGUGAACUGGGACGAGACGAAAUACGUUCACCGGUAGGCAGGAAGAACAGUGCUUCCGUAUUCAGCUCUGACGCGGAGUUACCCUCCGCUGGUUCGUCAACCGUGCGUACCAUCAGUUCCAGUGCACUGCCAAAGGAUGAUGACAUCUCGGACACAUCCGAAGGUGUUCCAGCUGUACCUUCCCACCUAUUUGAGGACCACAGGAAGGACAGAAGUGGCGAUGUAAUCGUUCAGACCGCGAGCGUCUUAAAUCCUGAAAUACAAUCGCCUCACGACUCACAGCACACAGGUGAGCAGACAACAGCUGAAGGAAAUAUCGAGAUACACCCGACCCGGUCUGCGGAGUUUGCACCGUCUCAGGCUAAUAAGGACAACCAAUCGGAGCACGACGUUGCUGAUUUGCGUGACGGCACAGUGCAGGAUGAAAAUACUGGAGAAACUUUCAAGGAGGCCGACUCAUCAAUGGCUAUUCAACAGACCAGUAGUCUGGCGACAAAUUUUAUUAAAACGGAGUUCAACAGAAACAAUCCGACAGACUUAUCAGUGGCAUCGAUUAACCCCGGAGGCCCUUAUUUUUUACACAAAACCAGAAUUGUCGCAAUGACUCCCACACACUCGGUUGAAUUAGUUGAAGAAAACAUUACUAGGGAACGCUUACAAACCACCAUCACUGAAGAGGUGGAAGUAGCAUCCGAGAGUAUGGAGAAACCGGGCGAGAAACCGGCCGAGACACCACCUGACGCUGCGAAUCCUGGUGGUCCCGAGAAUAAUGACGAGGGCAACAACGCUAAAGAUGAUGAGGCGGAAGGGCAGAAAGAACACGCAGAAAAGCGAAAGAACACGAGACUCAGCAAAUUGGGUUCCAAACAACCCGUCUUUUCACGCACCCGUAUCUACGCCGGCGGCUCAUCUCAUAAGUUGGAGUUACUGAACGAAAAGACUGCCAUCAAUGACAAGGAACUUCAUGCCUUAAAUAACGAAUCGAGGAUGCGACAGUCACCUUUUGCUGCGGCGAAACAGAAUGAGCGUCGCUGCUGUGGUGUACCGUCGACAACGCAAUCAAAGACUGAUGGCCAGGGCUCACCAAGCAGGUCCAACUACGGUGAAAAGACAGAGGGCGUGUCCAAACGAGUGGAGCAAAUCAUAAAGAAAAUAUCUGAAGUUGAAAUGCACAGAAAAAGCUUACAGAGUGCAUGUGGCAAGGAGUCGAACAGAGCAAGACGGAUCGCGAUGCAGCACGAUCUGGAUCGACUGAAAAGUCAUGAAGACAGUUUGCACGAGGUCUUGAGAGCUCUGGCUCCUUCGAUAGCUCCUCCAACAAUCCUUAGCGAGCCUGAGGAAAAUUCUUCCAGUACGGACGGAAAGGAUGCAGCACGGGAGGCUGCCCCUGGCCACCAACCUACCCCUGAAGACAUCCGAAGAAAGAACAAAUCCGCUGCUCAACCUCUGCAGGAUACGAAUAACUACAGAAUUACGUCUGCUUCAGAAAGUAAGCCAGCCACACGCAGGAGGCUUAAGGAUAAGACGACAGAUCCUGUUCUCACAAGCACGCAGUCCGUACGACAGACUGAACAUGCUGUUUCGUCUUUGCCAGACCAAAGGACGAUAGAAGGUACUUCUUUGGGUAAGAUGCCCGUCCCCCCUAACCGAAAAGAUGCAGCGCAUCCUAUCAAUACAGGGCACAUUAGCGUGCGGAAGGUGCAAAUCCCGGAGGUGGAGAGAACGCUUGAUGCGGUCAUCAAGAACGGCAAAAAUAGAGCCCUUAUUUCCGCAGAGAAUUCGUUCCCUCAGGAGAUCAAGAAUCAAGAUCCGCCGUCAGUGCGUGACGACAAGAGUGAAAGAGUUUUAUUGAGAAAAGAACACGUCUCUAAGAUUACCGCACCUGUGACUCCACCCUUACCAGAUAAGAGGCACACGAUUGUAAAAGUUCCUGUAUUUAAACCAGUAAAAAGAAAAACUGACGAAGCUACUGUAGUUGGCAACAGACCAACUGUAGUUGGCAACUUACCAUCUCCGCCAACACUCAAAUCGACGAAAAGCAAAAAGACCGCCAACACGACUGGUGACUUGGUGGAGAAGAGAGACCAAAUCUUUGAACGUAGGCUCGAUGGCGCCACAAUAGCUCUGAAGCACGAGGAGGAAUCUUCAUCCUACGAGGAUUUUGAGAAUAAUAAUUACGCUCAGAGCAUGGAAGAACCUAUCCAAAGCCUUCGAGACACUGCAGACUCAGCGAACAACAACUUGACAGUUGUCGCUACACGUGGAGUUCCUGGUUACCGUGCUCCAUGCAAGCCAUCGGACACGAGACAAGACAAGAAGCGCACUGACCUCGGGGUUAGCAACACAGGAAAUGAAAAACCGAAGAUCAGUCUGAUGUCCGUGCCAGCAGCGGAAGGUGCAAAUGCUUUGGCUCUCGAUGUUGUCCCCGAAAUCUGUGCUGAUUCGGAGAAUCUAGACGACAGAAUAGAAAUAUUUCGCAUGGCCUACAACGAACCACUACAAGAACCAUCUCUACCCAACAUAAGCCUUGCCGACUCUGACUCAGAUGCGGACGACAACACCCUAGCAAAACCACAACUGCCUAAAAUGGCUGCGUCUUCCACCACUGCCGCCAGAACUUCCACGAAUUUCGUACCAGCGUUACCCACACGUUUAGCUGGUGUAGCAGACCAUGUAAACAGUCAUCCAUUUAUAACGUACGUUCGAAGGACGGUUGUGGAAGACAGGGUUGUAACCUGCUCCACUGUUAAGAAGAAGAGCGCGAAAAGCGUGAUUAACAGGCUCAGCGGGUUGGAGCACCGUGACUCUAACGUAGACACGACAGUCAAACAUGACAUUCACAGCACGCGAAAAGAAGAGACUAUCGAAUCUCAUGAUCCUAAUCUAAACAUUACGGCUGCUCCUACCAGUUUAACGGGCACACAUGCAGUGUACAUACCGUCUCCCACCUCGCCAGAAGCAAUGCACUUUCCGAUGCAAUCUGAUAUUCUUUCCAUGGAAUCUUCACCUAAAGCGGCACCUCCGAAGCCUCGCGUUAAAAAACCGGUGACUAUACGAGUAAUCGACCAGUAUGCGUCAGAGGCCUCGAAAACGGCAGCGAAUCCCCUUGACGCUGCUUUUGAGCCCCACUCAAUUUUGAAACCUCCGAAGCCCGAAGUUAAAGAGGAAGAUGUGGUUGAAGCGGUUGAAGUACAACAUGAGGAAGAGGAUGAGGAGGAAGAGGAGGAAAUGUACGAGCCUCCAGCAUCUGUCAUGGCACGAUUAGGCCGCAAAGACUCCAUAGCUGUCGCUAAACUCAAAAGGAUGAAGCCAGAGGGUGACGCGGGUCAGGAAGCUGAAGAAGCGGGGGAAGAGGAUGAGGACCAUUUUUUAGACAAGAGACAUGAAGUGCAGGAUGAAGGAGGAACAGGGCUUGAUUACAAAACCACCACUCUCAUUUCUGAAGAUGCCAAAGGUGAACCCGUGCCAAGUGAAGACUCUGCGCAUCAAAGCGCGGGUGGGAGGCAGGAUCACAUCGGGGAAGGAGCAGGCGGCGCGAGUCAAGAGAGAGUGAAUUUGGCAAACAAAUGUGACUUACCUCCUGGAACUAUAUCAGAAUCAGCGCUGCCCUCGACAGAAGCAACAGCAAAAAUAUCGUACGGUUCUAUUAGUGGGAAAAAGGAAGCACAACAUGACGAGCUUGUACAACGGAUCACAGGAGAUCACACGAUGAAGACGGAACGACAGGAAGAGAUAGUGGCGGUGGAAGGUAGCAAAGUGCCCGAAAGCAGAUCAAUGUUUGACAGUUAUGUACCAAGCCCAGGUGAUAUUCAGGAAGCACAGAAGGAGAACGCACCUGGAAAUAUUUUAGGACGCGGAGGCGACUUCGUCCUUGGGCUUGGCAUUCAAUAUCUUACAGAGAAAAGUGAUAGAGGAGGUACUGAUAGAGGAGGAGUGACUGAGGAGGUAACUCGUGAUAAGAGCCAGGUCGUAGAAUCUGCCAGCGAAACCUGCGUGCCGUCAACAGAAAUUCUAAAGGCGACAGACUCAACUCGCACAAGACCCGAAAGCGAGUCUGUAACAGUAACAGCGCUUAGUAUACACCAUCUUCCGGACGGGGACACAGAACAUGGCAAAAGCACGCCGUUGAUGCCAAGGAGUGAGGGGCAACUAUCGCCAACUAAAACCCCAAUGCAAGAUGAGAGUACUACACGGUCCGCUUAUCUCGCGCCUGAAAGUAGAGCUGACAGAGAAGAACAUGAGGCGCAACUCUUCACUGACGAUAAAAGCAGACUUGGAGUGACGCAUGAUGGAAUCGAGGAAGCAGCGUUAAUGCAAAGAACCAAAGAGCAACCGACUGCGAUAAAAUCUUCUGUGCAAGAUGGGACAACUGCACAAACUGCUUAUCUCGCCUCUGAAAGUGGAGCUGGCACGGAAAGAGAAGAUGGGACGCAGAGCUUCACAGACGAUACAAGCAACCUUGCGGUCGCGCAUGAUGAAAUCGAGGGAGCAGCGUCAAUGCGAAGAAGCAAAGAGCAACCGAUUGCGAUAAAAUCUCCUGUGCAGGAUGGGACAACUGCACGAACUGCUUACCUCGCCUCUGAAAGUGGAGCUGGCACGGAAAGAGAGGAUGGGACGCAGAGCUUCACAGACGAUACAAGCAACCUUGGAGUCGGGCAUGAUGAAAUCGAGGGAGCAGCGUCAAUGCGAAGAAGCAAAGAGCAACCAAUUGCAACAAAAUCUCCUGUGCAAGAUGGGACUACUGCACGAACUGCUUAUCUCGCCUCUGAAAGUGGAGCUGGCACGGAGAGAGAUGGGACGCAGAGCUUCACAGACGAUACAAGCAACCUUGGAGUCGCGUAUGAUGAAAUCGAGGGAGCAGCGUCAAUGCGAAGAAGCAAAGAGCAACCAAUUGCACCAAAAACUCCUGUGCAGGUUGGGACUACUGCACGAACUGCUUAUCUCGCCUCUGAAAGUGGAGCUGGCACGGAAAGAGAGGAUGGGACGCAGAGCUUCACAGACGAUACACGCAACCUUGGAGUCGGGCAUGAUGAAAUCGAGGGAGCAGCGUCAAUGCGAAGAAGCAAAGAGCAACCAAUUGCAACAAAAUCUCCUGUGCAAGAUGGGACUACUGCACGAACUGCUUAUCUCGCCUCUGAAAGUGGAGCUGGCACGGAGAGAGAUGGGACGCAGAGCUUCACAGACGAUACAAGCAACCUUGGAGUCGCGCAUGAUGAAAUUGAGGGAGCAGCGUCAGGGCCAAGAAGCAAAGAGCAAUCAAUUGCAACAAAAACUCCUGGGCAAGGUGGGACAACUGCACGGACUGCUUAUCUCGCCUCUGAAAGGGGAGCUGGCACGGAAAGAGAGGAUGGGACGCAGAGCUUCACACACGAUACAAGCAACCUUGGAGUCGGGCAUGAUGAAAUCGAGGGAGCAGCGUCAAUGCGAAGAAGCAAAGAGCAACCAAUUGCAACAAAAUCUCCUGUGCAAGAUGGGACUACUGCACGAACUGCUUAUCUCGCCUCUGAAAGUGGAGCUGGCACGGAGAGAGAUGGGACGCAGAGCUUCACACACGAUACAAGCAACCUUGGAGUCGCGCAUGAUGAAAUUGAGGGAGCAGCGUCAAUGCCAAGAAGCAAAGAGCGACCAAUUGGAACAAAAACUCCUGGGCAAGGUGGGACAACUGCACGGACUGCUUAUCUCGCCUCUGAAAGUGGAGCUGGCAUGGAAAGAGAAGAUGGGACGCAGAGCUUCACAGACGAUACAAGCAACCUUGGAGUCGCGUAUGAUGAAAUCCAAGGAGCAGCGUCAAUGCGAAGAAGCAAAGAGCAACCAAUUGCAACAAAAACUCCUGUACAUGAUGGGACUACUGCACAAACUGCUUAUCUCGCCUCUGAAAGUGGAGCUGGGACGCAGAGCUUCACAGACGGUACAAGCAACCUUGGAGUCGCGCAUGAUGAAAUCGAUGGAGAAGCGUUAAUGCGAAGAAGCAAAGAGCAACCGAUUGCAACAAAAGCUCCUGUGCAUGAUGGGACUACUGCACAAACAGCUUAUCUCGCCUCUGAAAGUGGAGCUGGGACGCAGAGCUUCACAGACGGUACAAGCAACCUUGGAGUCGCGCGUGAUGAAAUCGAUGGAGAAGCGUCAAUGCGAAAAAGCAAAGAGCAACCAAUUGCAACGAAAACUCCUGUGCAUGAUGGGACUACUGCACAAACAGCUUAUCUCGCCUCUGAAAGUGGAGCUGGGACGCAGAGCUUCACAGACGGUACAAGCAACCUUGGAGUCGCGCGUGAUGAAAUCGAUGGAGAAGCGUCAAUGCGAAAAAGCAAAGAGCAACCAAUUGCAACAAAAACUCCUGUGCAUGAUGGGACUACUGCACAAACUGCUUAUCUCGCCUCUGAAAGUGGAGCUGGGACGCAGAGCUUCACAGACGGUACAAGCAACCUUGGAGUCGCGCAUGAUGAAAUCGAUGGAGAAGCGUUAAUGCGAAGAAGCAAAGAGCAACCGAUUGCAACAAAAACUCCUGUGCUUGAUGGGACUACUGCACAAACAGCUUAUCUCGCCUCUGAAAGUGGAGCUGGGACGCAGAGCUUCACAGACGAUACAAGCAACCUUGGAGUUACGCGUGGUGGAAUCGAGGAAGCAGCGUUAAUACGAGGAAGCAAAGAGCAACCAAUUACAACAAAAACUCCUAUGCAGGAAGGGACUACUGCACGAACCGCUUACCUUGCCUCUGAAAGUGGAGCUGGCACAGAAAGAGAAUAUGAGACACCGCGGUUUACAAGCGAUACAAGCGAACUUGGCACGUUGUAUGAUGGAAACUGGGGAGUAAUGCUAGCUGCUGAGGAAUAUAUCUUGCGAAGAAAAAUUUCUCAGGGAGACGACGUUACAGAAGGUAGAAGAGCUAACACUGCUCCCCAAACGAGAGAGAGAAUCGUUUCAGAUACGACGAGAAGAUCAGAGAAGUCUGCUAAGGAUGAAGGACUCCAAGAACUUGCACUAGUGAGCGGACACGAAUCGCCAAUUGCAACCUUUAGCGAAUGGGCUGCGAGACUUACAGCACACACGGCAUCUGAAAGUGAACAUUACACGGAAAAUGUGGGAAGAUUACGGGACGCACAACGCAUUUUUGAUGGUGGUACAACCGAUCACAGCACAAAGAAAGCAGCGCCAAUUGCGCCAACAGAAUCUUCUGGGACAGACCACUUCAUGACGGGAACAGCGUAUCUAGAGUCUGAAAGCGACACUGUCGCAGAAGGCGGUCUCAAGCAGCAGCAAUACACGAAGAAGAUUAGUGGCACAAGUGCAGAACGUGAUAUAGGUGGGGAAGCAGCACAACUGAACGAACAUGUAUCUAAAGACAAUGAGGAAAAUACUACAACACGACGCGCUAUCCUUGUGUCGAAAAGCUCGGCAGAUGGUGGGCUUGAUGCGGAACAGUAUCUAGAGAAAGCUACUUCAGAAAGAUCGCCGUAUCGUGAUAAGCUAUCAAUGCCAAUCUCCAAUGAACCCGCAUCGCCAAGAGAAACGUCGGAGAGACAUUGGGGUGCAACAGGGGUGACUUACAGGGACUCCGGCGCUCGAGUCGAUACGGAAAGCGAGCUUCAAACCGCAGGUCAAAAUAUAUCCAGUACUGAUAGUGCAGCAGGACAUGAAGACGCUUACCUAACAGCGACUAUCGAUGCUAACACUGAAAAACCUCUACAUUCGGAGCCGUCACUCUCAUUGAUGGGAGUUGCCGACAAGAAAGGUGGUCCGUCAUUUUCGGGAGAUACCAAUACACAGGAUUUCGAUUUCAUUCCGAGUAGCCUAAUUCCGGGAACGAGGACACCUUCAAUAAGUACUCAGCCGCGUACCUACGGUGCAAGUGACACAUCCCACACGUCACAGAAAUUGUCUAGCAUAGCUGUUACAGCAUCUGCUGGUGAGGCGGAGAAAUACGUGGAUUCGUCGGUACUCACAAAAACAGACGACCGUUCCCGUGAUGAUUCCCAUCCGACGACAGCCGCAGAAUUGCUCAGUUUGCAUGUGGAAAACACUGAAGCGCAAGAGUUGAAAUACAUCUUCGACGAAGAGCACCGGUUGGCAAAAGAAACGAUACGUGUGUCUCAGUGCGGUAAAACAGCAGAACCGCCUGGUGACAGUUAUGGGAGGCACGCUGAAAAAAUUGAGGAACACCUAGUCGAGUAUAUCGAAGAACGUGUUCCUCACACUGCCAAACAAUAUGUUGAGGCAAAAGACGCGGAGAGUAGCGAAGUGGUAUCAGCGUUAGUCACCACAGAUGGUGAUAAGACAUCCCAUCAGAUAGAUUCCACAUCGCAGGUUGGAAUUCAGCAAAUGAUUAAACCAGAAAAUGCUCUGGAGGGGCACACAGAUGGCGAAACAGUAGCAGCAGAAGGGGGUUCUGUUCAACAGUUCGAAGGUACGGGCGAAGUCGAGGUUACCAUGGCACCACAAGACGUACCAGCAGGUGCAUCUGGGGAGGAACAUUACAAUGAUAUGCAAGAUCGGUCAAUGCUGCCUCACCUCGAGAUAGAGGAACUUAUGAGUGAGGAAGAUGCAGACGUUGCAUCAAAAGCCAACAUUGAAAUGGAAGCAGCAGAAGGUAUUGAAGAGAGUACACUCGAGGGAGCCAGUGAACUACGUAAAGAUGAAGUGAGAGAACAAAUCCUCGUUGAGCACGACAUAGAGGAAGGUACACUAUCAUCAAUGGCCACUGCACAGCAUGUAAUCAUGAAAUACCUGGAGAACAUAAGAACACGCACUCUUGGUACGGCACGUGGUUCGUUUACACCGGAACCUGUGUCUUACGUUGAGCCCAAAGAAAUGCAGGUGGCUGAAGAACGUAGGUAUCUGGAUACUAUAAAUCAUGUAGGAGAGAAGGAUUUAUUUCCUCGACGGGAAGGUGAGCUUCCUAAUGAAUCCGUAACUGAAGUACUUGGAACAGGUCCAAUUGGAACUGCGGUGGAGCGAGAUAUGUUGGGGGAACUUGCGAUGCCAGAACUUAGGGAUGUGGAGGAAACUCUGGUUCAACACUUGGUGAAUCUGACCGGUGACAAAAGACUGGCGCGACCAAAUGAGAUUGAAGAAGUGGCCAAUUUCCCGUGGCUUGCUGUUCAAACCUUGGUCUCUGAUGAGAUAGCUAGCUCUGUACCUUACCUUCCUGGCUCGAUGACUGAAGCAAUAGGACCGCCAUCUGCAAAGCCUGAGGUACGAGAGCAGUCUCCACACACAUCCUUUGUGCAAACGUCGGUACAACCUGAGAAAUUCAUGUACGGAGCAGAACGUUUCCCAGACGAAUACGCAGAUGAUUCUGCUGUGGAACCUCUUAAGGAAGCAACUAUACGACUACUGGAUCACGCUGCGAAAUUUCCUGCGAAAGAACACCCUGCAGCUGAAGCAACAGUAGCUGCUGUACCUGAAGUUGCUCGUGUUUCGGAAAACAUCACAGAUGCUCUGCCCUUUGCCCCCGAGGAAAUUGACCUGGUGUCUACAGCAGCAAUGUCACUACCGACAUUAGAUGUGCAUGAAGAAGAACAUGCAAAGGUGACAAACGCUGUCAUUAAGCAUGAACCACGAGACAAAGAAGAAUGGCGUGAACGUACUGUGGCAGGGGAGACUGGCGCAGACACGAAAGAGCCUGCGUUAGUUGAGACUCUUGAGUCUUCUGUUGUGGUUCAGGAUCACCUGAAAACAGUUCGGAGUGAAAUGACGGUGCAGCCCAUAAUGAAAACAUCGAUCGGUCUGACAUCGCUUCAGAGCAUUGAUAAUUUAGAUAUCGCAACGUCAUUGUCCUCUGCAGUUCCUGCACAAAUAGAUACGACAAUGAACACACCUGCACGUCUGGAAAGCACGCCUGCAGAUCUCCAAAUUCGCGAGCUGAAAGCAGUUGACCUCCCACCUGCCGAUGAACGAAUAAUAUACGACGACAUUGUACAACGAGAAAGUAUUGUUAACGAAUUGAUGGACGCGGAAACCAAAAUGGUUCGAUAUCUCCAAGACCUCUCCAAUGCUGUAGUUGAAAUACCAGAAUACAAAUAUGGGGCGCAUCAACCCGAAGUACGGGAGGGUAACGAGAUGCUUCAAGACGCGCAGGAACGCAAUGUGCCAGUCGCACAUGAUACACUUAUUGAACCAUCGGAAUCAAGCGAGGUUCUUGAGGUACCAAGGAUAUUAUCCCACGUCGGGGCACUGGGCGAACAAGAGUCUGAUGACCUCGAACACACGUCACAAGCGUUAAAGCCAGAUGUUUCUCACCUAGAUACUGAUCUCUUAUCGGCUUUCGGUCUUUCUCACUCUUUCAAAGGUGGUAAGGAACUGCAGGGCGCAAAUAACAUGAACGCAGUCGAGAAGUCAGAUGUGCAACCGGAUACUACAGGUAAGAUUUCAGAUGAAGUCAGCUACGUUGCUGAAUCCUCUGAAACAAAGGUUGAGGAAUUUGAGGUAUCGCUAGUAUCAGACCAACGACCAAUACUGGGGAAGCUUGAUGAGACGCCUGUGGCCUGCUUCCACUUGCAAGCGGCGGAAAGAGAAAUAGUGGAGGAGCUAAGCGCACUAAAUGUGCUAUGUGCCGACGUUCAUCCAGGAGAGGCUUCAGGAACGGAGUCGUCUUUUGCUAUAGAUGACAAGGCCCUGAAGGACUUCGAAAGUAUGGCAGAUGUUGCUAUAGCAGUUACUCUAAGAUGUACCACACAAGACAUCACAGAAGCGUCUGGGGGUGCAUCAGGCCUUCAGCUCAAGAGCAGUCAGUCGCUAGACGCAAGUCUAGCAGAGCUGCAGGAUAUGGAAGUAUGGGUAGUUAACGAAUUAGAAACAGUGUUUGAAGCGUCAGUGCGGCCGUGUUUCCUCACUGGAUACUCCAGCACGGUUGGUACGGAGCAGGGAAUAGAGAGGUCAACACCAAGCUCAGUUGCAUUACCUGCCCUGCAAGAUGUGUCGCAACACAUACCGAAAGUCCCCUCUCUGUUGUCGACAACAAAAGGCGGCGCACAACUACUAGAUGGGCUUCCAAAAGUUACAGAACACGCUGUGACUGGGAUAACAGGAGCAGCACAACUAGAAGCUGCCUCCUUCUCUGGAAUUACUGCAGAAGUAGUUCCUCACGACGCAGUAAUGUCACCGUCAGCUCAAGGUAUACCGACGUGGGAAGCUGCAGAGGUUACAAGGCAAGGUGGAAUACUACACAGACAAGAAUCCGAAACAGAAGCUGGUGCGGACCAUAAAGAACCUGCAUUAAUGGAGGUUACUAAGUCUCUCAUAAUGGUACAGGAAGACCUUAAAUCACCUUCAGUUAAAAUGGCGAUGCAACCCAUCACGAGAACAUCGGCAGAACUGUCUUCUCCAUUACUUGAGAGCGAGAGCAUUGAAGAGAUUGCAAGGGCAACGUCUUCUGGAGUUCCUUCGCCAGGGCAUGCUUCUGUAGCGGUAGAGUCACAGCAAAUACGGGAGCUGAAAGAGGCAUACCUUCCACCUUCAGCACCAGCUGGAAUGGUGUACGGUGAGCUUCCGGAACGAAUGGCAGCAAAGGAAUUCUUGGACACGGAAAUCGAAAUAGUAGGUGACCUCCAAGACUUCUCAAAUAAAAUACCAGAAUACGAAUAUACGGCUGGUCAACUUGUAGUACCAGAAAGCAACAAGAUGCUUCGAGAUGGGCAGGGACUGGAACAUACAGUGGACGUCCUUGCCGAGAUAUCGAACACGGGCGAGGUUCUUAAGGCACCAGACGUCGAAGCAGUGGAGGAACAUGCGACUGAGGACCUUGAACAUUCGUCGCUAGCGUUAGAACCAGAUAUGCCUCGCCUGGCGUCUAAAGACCGCUCUUAUCGCGCUGUGGUUGCAGACACACAUAAGGUGGAGAAGUCUCAGGCAUUGUCAGCUGAUACAGGUAACAUUGCAGGGGAAACUCAUUUCGCUUAUGAUGCUGAACCAACUAAAUCUGAAGUCGAAAAGCUGGAGGAAUCCUCAGGGUCAGGGAAGCAAGCAAUAUUGGGAGAGCUCGUUGGAAUGCCCGCAGCAUUUCCUCAGCUUCAAAAUGUUGAAAACGAAAUAGCGGAAGAACUGAGUGUGACACAUGUGCUACGUCCAGAAGUUCAUUCAGGAGGUGCUUCAGGAACAGAUUCAUUCUAUGAUAUAGAUGACAAAGCCCUUAAGGACUUCGAAAGUAUGACAAAUCAGGCAAUAGCGGUUCUCCUGCAAAGUAUCACACCGGACGAUAGAACAGAAGCUCAAAGCGGUGUGGUGAUCGACACAGGGCUUGCAGAAGCCAGAGACUCCAGCACAGUUUGUACAAGUCCACUAAGUCCAAUUGGACAACCAACGAUGCCAACAGUUUCAAGAGAGCCUCAAAAGGCACUGGCGACAGAGACUCAGGAAUUCGCGCACGAGGCUGGUCUCUUCCCCAACAAAUACACCAACGUUUCUGCAGUUGAAUGGUCCAUAUACUCACGACGGUUGAGCGCGAAACAAGAAAAGUCCUCAAAAAUUCCGGAAUUAGGGAAGUCCAGGGCUGUCCUCGAAGGUGAAGCUUCCUCAAAAGUUCCAGCAGAUGGAGAAACGAAAAGUUUGAAGCACGCAAAGUUUCUCGUAAGGGAGCCAAAAGUUACGUCUGUAGAUCAAGAGUUACAAAUACCAGUGGAAUUAGAUCGGCAAACUGAGGGGGCAGUAGAACCAGAUCAUGAAACGGAAAUAAUUUCGCAAGGAUUUAAGACAACGCCCUUUGCUCAAACUUGUCUACCUGCACGCGAAAGGUUGACUCCGCAACUGCAAGACGUGAACAACGACGUCCAUGUAGCCACUCGGGGGUCUGCUACGAAGGGAACCAUAAGUGAAGAAUUUGAAAGGGCCACUGAUGAUCAUCUAAAAACCUCUCCCCUCACACAGGAAUUGGUUGACAUUGAAGUGGUGCCGGUAAUUACUGGAGUAACUUCUGGAACGACACCAGGGACCAUCGAGCACUUAAGCCAAUUGGAAACCAUGGUACCAAAGGAGAGACCUCUGAUCGAUGUCGCCCAACAGAGUAAUGUCGAAACUGUCAGUCAUGAACCCAUAGUGCUCUGUGGCAUGGGCGAUGAUGUCAUAAAGUCCACAGAUUCUGAUACAAAUGAAGUUGUUACGCCAACGUUUCCUGACGCGCCCCGAAUGGACGAUGACGUGUUCCCUGAAUCUGAAUAUCGGUUAUCAGUUGCAUCAUCAUUAACACCAUUGACCACCGGGGUUUUUACGCCAGCCAAAAUGCAAGGCGACCUGCAAGACCAGGAAAGGUGGGAGCGGGAGACAAGGGAACAAAAUCAGGAAAUAGAGAUGCGUAAAGAUGCCGAAUCGUUAAUCGACGGAGUCCACAAGGACCCUGCAGACCGAGUGAAGGACGUUCACGAACUGCUGGUUGAAAAAAUCAAGAAUGUACAGGACAAGAUCACUAAAGACCUCAGGAAGCUGUCCGAACCUUCGAAGACUUUGGGUACUGGUGCCUCCAUGGAUGACUUCGAGGGAGAGGUAAAGCCCGGUAAACGGAAAGGACAACAAAGGGACGCUGUUACUGAGCUCAAGAGGGCGUUCAAACUUCUAUCGAAACUAAGUGGCGUGGAAAGUAGGGUUUUCACCAAAACGUCCAGAUUCGUGAAGGUUCCCAGUCCUCCCGUUGUUAUUGGCACAAUAGUGAACACAGACAAGAAGAAACAAAGAAAAUAUGUGCCGCCUUUAUCGACAAGAGAAGCUUGCGACAGGGAACCGGAAGAAGAAUCCCUGGAAGAUGACGCGUCGGCGGGCAGUGCCCAGUUGCAACGGGGCAGAAAAGCUUCCAGGAAAUCAGUUGUUGAGAAACAAGAUGAACUAUGGGGAGAUGACUAUGAGUUCGAGCCGUGGUCGCCGACUUCUGGUUCUGACUACUGGAAAAAACAGUCAAGCGAAAUAUUUAACUCUCCUCUGAGCAUUGAUAUUACGGAUUCACAGGAAUAUAGGUGGUUCAGUUUGUUACCCGGAGACGAUGUGUUGAGCAGGAAAUCCAGAAGGAGACAGAGUACAUACAGAAGGGAACAGGAGGCACUAAACAGACCUGGGUCCCACGAGGGCGCAAUGCCAACGGCCCCAUUUGCAGAAUUGCAGAUAAGAAACGCCGAGGCGGUGUCAAAACCAGGGGCAUUGCUGACGCAGCAAGAACCACCGCUGUUUUUUGACACCGAAUAUCAGCCCGAUAUUGCGACAGAUGGUCCCCUAGUCUCUUUAGCUGUAGACGCAGUGAUCCAAGAAUUCAAAGACAUCAGGGAUUUGACACGUAAGGAAACAAAACUUACACUCCAGCACAAAGGCGAAGCAAACCCAACUGAGAAAAAACGAAGUAGCAAAGGGGAAAGCGCCGUGAAGGACCAAUCGGAAGUGCCUUCUGUAUCUAAGAACGAUAAGCCGAAGGAAAAUUCCCAAGGCACAACUACUAGCGCUAACACAUUCCCAGAAAUGUGCACCGUGAUGUGUGAAUUACAACAAUUGGAAACCUCCGUUGUGGAAAGAGCACAAGAGCUGUUGGAAGUACAACAAUCGAUAAUGCCGAUAUUGCCAUAUGCACCCUCUCCACAAGUUGAAAAUGGAAUGACAAGACAAUGCAACGUAAAGGAGUCUCCAUCCAUGCGAGCAUCGUUCGGCGGUUCAGAUGACGUACGUGCAAUUGGUUCUGCUGGUAUGGCAUCCGGCAUGAAGUCUCCGCUCGAACAAGACGAUGGAAUAUCGGGUCAGAAGGCAACAAACAUAGAAGCUGAUGGCAUAUCUCAAAGAGAAACCAGAAUACAAGAAGCAAGUGGACCUACGCGUGAGCUUUCUGAUCUGGGAACAGAGUUCAAUCCCUCGAAUGGGAAUAUCCCACGACAACAUGGCUGGCGUCGACGGUCAAGACUGCGGACUGGAGGGAUCCUAGAUGAAAUACAGCCUUCUGAACGCGAAACGCGAGAUAUGACUGACGCAAUGGAACAGGACGAAAGGAACGCUGCAUAUCCUGAGGACAAGCUUGGCAUAGAGCAGUUUUCAGACUUGACAGACGCUACAUACGGUUAUUCCAGUUCCAGAUGCACCAAUCCUAUGGAUCCGAGCUGCUUGAGCAGCACCGAAGCGUCAUUGAAAGAGGAGUUUCCCAGUGAAGAAAGAUCAGUUACUCAGCGGGCAAUACUUUCCACUUGCGUCGACUUACCUUGUUCGGAGCCCCUUAAAGUGAUGUCAUUCCAUUCCGUGUUAUUCGAUAGUCUCCUUCCGACAGAUAUGGAUGCCGCCUUGCCGGUUGGUGCCCCAAAUACAAGAAUUACGCAGGAUGUAGGAACAGCUCUCGUCCCCCUUGAAGCUACUGACUGCGUUGAAGGUUCGAGUUUUGUUAAACCAAGUAAACCCGGUGCUGACAAUAGUUCAGAUGAGCUUUUCGAAACUUCCGCAAGAUGGAUAGGGUCCACUUAUGCGGGUGCACAAGAGAGAGGUUCUUCUGUUGAACUGACGAAAUUGUUUCAGCGCACUCAAUUACAGGAGAAGCUACAGCGCUUCCAAGCUUCACCUUCCCGGGAUGCGUCUUCUCUAUCGUCGUCUUCAGCGCUAGCAGACGGUAUAGAAACUGCACGGAGAUCGAAAAAUGCCUUGCAUCACACAGAAGACUUCUGUGAAAGCGCAUCGGGACAAAGUACAGCCGAUCAGACUUUCUUCAGCGUUUCUCGCUCAUUGAACUCGCCAAGAAGUGCCUCUGUAGGACGUCGUGAUCAAAGCCAGCUGUCCGAUGUGGAACCUAAAGUAUCAUGUAUUACAGAGAUAUCGUCUUCUGCCCUCCUGCAAAAUUCACCACUGAAAAUGACACUAUUAGAAAACAGCUCUGCAGCAGCAAAGGAAGGUGUAGCCCUGUCACAAUGGCAGCGAAGCGAGAGAGCACCUGGACCUAUCCGCACAGGUUCUCUACCUACAUACCGCGCAAGAACUCCGCCAGGUUCAGGUACACCUUCUCGAGAAAGUUCUGAAGCGUCUUACUGUACACCAAGGCCGUUCCGAACGUCAACUUUGGAAAGUCUGUCUUCGAAGGAAGAACAUUUACAGGUAUCUUCCUCGGAACUGGUGACGACGCCAGAGAAGCAAACACACCAGCCGUGCAGCUUCGAGUCAGCCACCACUACAGGAUCUGUGACAGUUCCAGAUGAGAAAUAUAUUGUACCACCGAACACACCAUGUCCGUGCACUGACAGUUCUACUUCUUUACAUACGGCUGGUCUGGAUACGACGGAUGUUACGACAGAUACGACGAGUAAUAUGUUACGUGAGGUUUCUCAUCGAAUAAAAGCAAUUCCAGAGCAUGGAAGUGCCAUGCAGUCUUCACUCGCCAAAGAUGUAGAUGACAGUCAUGCUUCAAGUAAGACGUCGAGUAGCAGACACAGAACCAAAUGGCGUCAACCAGAACAUUCCAUGCUGACCCAAGAUGAACAGACAAAGAGGCGGGCUCUGGGGUACGAGGAAACAAGAGUUCUCUAUUCAGAUGUUGACGUUCUACAUGGAGUAGAGGCUGCUGCUAUGUCACUUAAAGGAUUGGCGAAUUGUGCAUCGGACAGUGAGUUCUCGCAAAACAAUAUUGGGUCACAAGAUGUCUGUACACAGCGUAUACCUGCGGACACCUCUGUUGUACCGCUGGAACUAUACAAUGCUGGUCUACGCGAAAAGCAAAGUAACAUCAGCUCCGGAGCUGGGUCAUCGGUCGAACUGUACCGUGACGCCAACAGAAUAUGUGAAAUACCGUUCAACGCAGCAUCACGCAAAUCCAAGGGUCUUAAGGAAGUAGAAAGCACAUCAAUCGAGAAAUAUUAUAGACGUCUCUCUAGACUCCCUCGCCUGUUGCAUGUGGAGACCCAAAAUACACCGCAGAACACAGUGAGGGAAACAUCCCUAUUACCGCGAGUAGAGAGACAGCUAUUUCAGAAGGAGUUACCUAAGGAACACAAUGAGAAACAAGGUCUCGUGAAAGCAUGCAAGGAACAUUCUGAAAAGCAAAUGCGAGAAGAAAUUUGUGGUCAGCCUGAUACGCUCAUGGUGUUACAAACGACGGGAGAGAGGUUCCCGUCUAGGAAAGCCUCCCCUGCCUCUGUAUCGCUGCUACCAGGAAAGCAUCCCUUUAAGACAAUUUCUGGUGAAAGACACUUAUCCCUGGCAUCACACUGGGACAAUGAACCACACCCCGAACACUUGGAGAAUCCAGGAUAUGCCGUAAGAGCAAGUACCGGCAGAAGUUCCAAUUCAUCACUUAGAGCUCCAUCGCUAGACGACGUGCAACUGACCUGCAGUCAAAAUCGCAGCAAUGCACAAGAACGAGACGAUCUAUUCGUUGCGUCAUAUGAAGAGCCAUCUGGACAGCAGUAUCCGUCCUUCGUUUCAGAGCAUCUCACCGCGAAUGACCAAGAGACAUCAGUGAAUGCAGCAUCGAAUUCUAGCCCCGAACUAGAUGCCGGAGUGAAGCGCUACGACGAUCACAAUCCUAACGGUCUGGGUAUGGAGCUUCGAACUCAAGACCCUUUAAACCUGGUCGGUAGCGAAUGUUUCCCAAAGAAGGGUCUCGACAAGGACUUCAAAACAGUCAAAGGUCAAAACCUCAGACGACGUUCUACAACGCCUCCGUAUAGUGUGAGUCUUUGCGAUGGAUACAAGACAAAAGAGAAACCAAGCGUUCUGAUGGAAGCAAAGAUCGAGGUCUAUGGAAAAGGAAAAGUUUCCUUUAUUUUUGACGCUGUAGCGGACGGUGUGGAGGAUGCCGAGCGUGUGCCUAGUAUAAAACCAACCGAACAGGCUGUAGUUGAAGAUAGCUCGCCUCCGAAAUACGAUGGAGCUAUUGACGUAGCGGAACACGUUAACGAAACCACGAUAGCAGAAGCGCAUGUGGAACCGACUGACGCACAUGCAAAGCAUUCGGAUCUCACACAUGCUGAAUUACCAGACACCGCUACGGUAGCGGCUGCAAAGGAAGUAACUGAAGGCUUUAAGAAAGCAAAGGCGGUAUUGUCUGCCUCCGGAAUCGCGGCAUUUGAGCGGUCAGAAAUAUUUGAGCGGCAACCGCUUGACGAGCCCGCUCCUGAAGUUCUAACGCAAGUUGAAUUGGCAACAGCGUCCACAGACGUAAAGGAACUGGCAAAACCUACUCGAAGUGCGAAAGUUUCAGAGGGCAGUGGUCACGAAAUCGUUGGGGAACCACUGAAAACUAAGGAGCUUGAGGGUGUUAAACAUGAAGCAGAAGAGUUGCCUCAGGCAUUGUCAUUGUCGUUAGCAGAAGCGGUUGCUCAAGGAACACCGAGAACGCUACGUGAACUGGAAUGUUCUUCACAUGAGAUAGAAAAGGCUCUUGGGCUACCAGCGCCAAUGGAACCUGCGUUUUUUCGCCCUGAACGUUCACAAGAAACGGCAGAAAGGACAUCGUUGUUAGGCACACCUAUAGCAGGGGCGCCUACUGAAAGCCAUGAGGACAUUCGACUGCAAACUCAGGAACCAACUGGCGAGACACAUGCAGAAAUGCAUAAAAGUGCCGUGGACGCAGAAGACGUCAGAGAGGCCACGAAGAAGCUACGUGAAUUGGAUACUGCGAUACAUCCAAAUUUCGAUGCACUGACAACGGAGUUGACGAUAAGGCAAAAUGUACCGCCAGAACAUAUCGGUGAAGCAUUGCAGACAUUGGGUCAAAUUGUAGCUGUCACACAAGAUGUAGUCAAAGCAUAUACCGAGGUGCUGGCUGCUCUUCCAACACAGCUCGAAACUAUAGCAGUUGAACAGCUUCAUAAAAUAGCAAAGGAACCGCAGAAAGAAACUGCGAUAACUACGCCUGUAGGAGACAGUGUAGAGGGUACGCCGCUUGCUGCACAAGCACGUUAUGCGGAAAGUCAAGAAGCUGGACUGUCCGGAACAGCUUCUUCUGUAUUAGAAAUAAAUGCUUUGGAUACUCAGAAGGCCGAAAAAGAGGCAGAGCCUUUACCGACUGGCGUAGCAGCAGUUAUGUCAACUGAAGAGGACGCGGACCUGAUAGAAUUGAAGAAGGAAAAUGUAGUAGAACGAGUUACAGAGGCAUUGGGACGUCUAGGAGAAGUUGAAGGAACGAUACAGGAAGUAAUAAAGGCAUAUUCCGAAGCACCAUCUAUGGACAGCACAGCUGCACCAGCGUCGUUCAACACAGAGGAACGGGUUGAAGACAAGAUUAGAAGUGAGCCACCGGUCCUUGAACCUGUCAAUUUGCUGGCGUCUGCACUAGCAACUGAGGAUACACAAUUUGAAGGGCUUGUGUCUCGAAGCGAACAAAGGAUAUCAACAGUUUCACCAAUCACUCUGAAAAGAGUACAAGGCACAGAACACUUGCCAGUUGACGUGCCACAUAAAAUGUUAGCGGAAGAAUUGGUUGCCGAAGGUGUUCCUGAGGAAAAUGGUGUGCCCGAGGACGUGACAGCUGCAGCGACAUCAACUACACUAACGUCAGCCACAGUGAUUGCAGACUCAGCUGUACACCAGACAGUGCCAGGCGUUCAGCUUGUGCGUCCGGAUACACGAUAUGAGCAGCAUGGCAAAACGGAUGCCUUAACUAUUGCUCAGCUGCCGAAGGAGGGCCAAGAUACGGAGGCCGCCACUGAAGUUCCUCCACACGGUACACAUGAAGUCGGAAAAGAGGAAACGAUGCCUGAAGGAGCUGAAGGGUUGCCUUCAAGAGUGGAAGAUGUGAGUCAGUAUGAUGCCAAGGAGGUAAGAGAAAUCGUUCCUUUCGAAGUACAUGACGUGACCCCUCGGUCUGAAGAACCCCUGGUUCCCUUGGUCCCUGAAGUAGCAGAACGCUUUGCACUUACCCAAGGGAAAGUACCCGAGACGUUAGAUUCUGGUUCGCCUGUUCAGGAACAUGUGGAACAGCAUACGGCAUUAGAACAAGACCACAAGGUCACUCGUUCGUUGGAAGCUGGUGCUGAAGAGCUGAUUUUGAAGGAUGAGGUAUCAAAGCACGGAGCUGACGCCACAGAUAGCACGGACGCUAUUGAAGAUUUGCGCUUACCCAUGCUGGAAUACAUUCCUGUACUAUAUGAGGAUGGCACGCCUAUUCCUGAGGAAGUCAUCCGGGAACUUAAGCGAGCCCGAAAUUUGUUAGACUAUGAAAUGAAAAUAUCCAGAGAGCUAGCCAAGGAACAGCUUAUGGAGGAACUUCCUACGAUUGAUGAGAUCAAAGCGCCGUGUGCGAAAGGACAUGACGGAAGAACACCCUCUGUUGAAUUGGAAACAAAACUGGAGGAAGCCUACGAACCUUUAGAUUUAAAAAAUGUCCCAUUCGAUGUAAGUAGUACGGACUGGGAAAGAGAACUGCGUCAACUUCGUGACUUCCGCCUGCACUCCGAGGCUAAGGAGCCUAUAAAUAUGAAGCCCAGCAUAACCAUGGAGGAAGAAAGGAGGGUUCCUGUCGAAAUCACCUCGACAACCAGCGAAACUGAACCUUCUGAAAUUCUGCGCGAACUUGACGUAAUAAAGACAAUAAGCGGGGGUUAUAGGGUCCUCGUCAAAUGCGAACGUGAAGUGGAGCGGCUUUGUCCAGGUGCGGCACCCUUUAUUUUGACUGGACAGCUGCCUCAAACUAGUAGGGUGCCGAGCUCUGAAGAAAGGGUACCCCGUGCCUUACUUGCUGAAGGUGCGGCAUUCAGACCUGGACGUCAAACAGUGCCUAGCACUUUCCAGCAAAGCGAAGUGUCAAGUGAGGACGAGACAGGGGAGGCACGCAAAGAGAGGCAUCUUACCUUAGCUGCUGCUGAAGCGGCCAGUAGCGAAGAAAAACGCCACUGGGGAACGUCAGUUUCAAAAAAGACUGUGCGUGACAUGGGGAGAGACAGCAAUAUUACUUCACGAUACGAAACGAAGGAAGCAGCGAAGACUGAUAACAGUUUCCUUCCGAAAGGUAUUUCUAAGGAAACACAUUUAAGGAGAAAGCGUACGUCAUUGCCGACAUCUGAAACAAUUGAGGUCCCACCACGUACUCUGGAAAUUCCAACAGAGGGACAACGUGAGGACGCCAGUAGUUUGCGCGUCGAGCAAGCAAUAGAAACCCAGAUCGCGCCGGAACCCCAAGCGAGCGAAGUACUAGAUGUGUCAGGCUGUCGCUAUGCAGCUCGCGAUGAUACGGGCGAAAAAGGACGGAUGGGAGGAGGACACAUUUCUAAGGAUGAGGCUGCACCAUUCGAAGCUUUUGUGCAGGUAUCCGGAGACACUGGAGGGGAAGGAGAAGUGCAGUCUUUUCAAAUGCAGGAAAUCGGAAACAGGGAGAUUGUUCUCAGGGAAGCCUCUAUAAAAGAAUGGGAGCCACCGUCGCAGAAAGUUUUCGUUGAAUACGAGGACAACUCACUUUUUACAGACCGAGACCUCCCACAGUGUCUAAUGGGUGAGGAACUACUACUGGCUCAGAAAUGUUCAGGGGUGGAAAACGCAGCAGAAAGUUCAGUUCAGGAACUACAGGGACGGCCUUUGAAGUACGAAAGCGACAGUGAAUCCUCGUUUGAAGCCGUGUGUGUGAACUCACCAAUCCACAGAAUCCACUCCGAACUGAUCAAAGCGUGCGUGCCUGUUGAAUCCCUCGUGGGAAAGUCUCCAAAAGGGCCUUCAGUUCUUAAGACGGAAUCAGAACAAGAUGUAGUUGUCCUCUGGACCCGGGAAGAAAUGUCCUCGGAUGGAUAUGCUGCAGCAGAAAUGCGAGCAGAACGCCCAUUGCCUUCAGACAGCAUAGUUGAAUACCUUUCAGAACACCAUUCUGUUGUCGAAAGGGCGACUGAUUCCGAAGCCCUUGUUUCCUGCGAACGAGAGGACAAGCCUAUAGACGUUGAUGCUGUGGAAACUUUGACCGAACGAUCAGGUGACCUUGGUGAAUUCGCACAGGGCAUGCCGGCUGAAAGAAAAUGGGCACGAAUUGAGAUGCAAAGCAAGCAAGACCAGAAAGUUAUCACCGUAGAAGUAAACAACAUUCAAGAACUUUCGAAAAUAUCCAGCGAAACGAUUGGAAAAAGACUCGUUGCAGACGUAGAAGCUGUGCAGUUGACUGAUCUAGGUCUUUCAUCUGGGAGCAUACUAGAAGACGAGGCAGUAAUAUCCACUGGCAACAGGAACAUCGAACAGCUUUCAGACUGUUCACACGAACUAAUCGCUAAAAUGCAAGAGCAAAUCAGAGAUCAAGAUGCAAGAGGAAUACAAGCAAGGUCGGAGCCAGUCCCUUCUGAAAGAAAAAUCAAAGCCUCCGAAUUUCCGGAAGCAAAUCGAAGGACAUCAUUGCAGACAGCUAUGCGUCCCCGUUAUACCGGCGAGGUUGAGCCUGCGACGCCCCAACCCACGAUCCAGAAACUAUCCCUCCCUGUUGCCACACGGUAUGCAUCGCUCGAAGAAACGCAUAGGGAAGACAGGCCAAAAGUUCCCCUUGAGAUUACGAUGGGACGUCGCUUGGAGAUGGAAGAUCAGAAGCCUUUUCCUGGAACUCCAGCAGGAGAAGGGCAGGUUGGAGUGCCGCCAUAUGAAGUUGGUGCAGACCAUACAGGCGCACAAAAGCGCGAGGAGGAAUCCAAGCACGCUGAGGUAGAUAGGCAGUUACUACCUUUACCUUCCCGCGAAAUGGUGCCCUAUCCCGAAGUCAAAUGGAUCGCUUCGCGCUCCCUCACAUCAAUCGAUUUGGAAGACCAACUGUUCCACAAGCAAAGAGCCAAGAGGCUUUCCAGCGACCACUACGCUGAGAGGGGUGCAACUUUCACAGCGACGUACAAAGAUCCACUACUAAGACGGCCGCAAACCUGCAGCAUUGAUACGCAGACCGACAUAUGUGCCCCGUUUUCGUUGACGUCCACAGAGUUUGCAGUAUCGAGCAAGGACGUCCGAGAUGCUUCUACGUACGCCUUUUUCUCUGACACGGAAGAAGGACGGAGGGUUCAGGACGACAUUCUACCGCUUUACCUGCACCGGGUCACACUCAAUGACAAGCCAUCGAUCGCAGAGAUGAUCCGAAAGCUAGCACCGUGCAGUGAAGAAUGGGAAGCAGCAGUUCCCUUGAACUGGAAGGUGAACCCAGCGAAAGACCUGGAGAAGUGGCCGUCGCCCUGUGUUCAAGAUAUCCGGUCUACAACCAUACUCCUCAUGGGAGGAAUUAACCUCAGUGCGCUGGACCAGGUCCUGACAGGGUGCGUCAUGCUUCGAUACAACGUGGACGAGAACGAGUGGAAACGUUGCAGCAUGAUGCCUUUGCCACGUUAUGGUCACAGAUGCGUCUACUUGAGCGGAGAGAUCUACGUCGUCGGCGGCUUCGACAACCGGGAUGCCACAUACGGUUUGCGCAUGUCCACCAGCUUCUGCUUUCGCUACAACGCUCAAACCGGAGAGUGGAGUGCCACAGCGCCGUUAAGGCACGCCCGUGGGUACCACGGCGUCACAGUGCUUGAUAACCAAAUCUUCGCUGUCGGUGGCGUAGACGCCAAUGACCUGUUACUCUCCAACGUGGAAUGCUACGACACUGAAGAGGACACGUGGACCGUCCUGCCUAAGGGCCUAUAUUGCGGUCGCAUGGGCAUGGGAGUUGCAGCCUUCCAGAACAAGCUCUGGGUGGUGGGAGGCAUCGUACAAAUCGCUGGCCUGCAGACUUGUUCUACUGCCUACGUCGAAAUAUACAACCCAAUGACUCAGCAGUGGACAUAUGCCGCCAAUUACCUUCCAUCACCCCGGACGUGCGUGUCGCUGCUGAACGUGAACGACAAUGCCUUAUACUGCUUCGGCGGCAUAUUUUACAACUGCGUGGGGCCGUCGCGAAAGCUGCUAACCAUCGAAGACAUUCUUCAAUUCAACGAUAGUAAUAACAUGUGGAAGCAGGUGGACUCUCUGCCAUCUCCACGCCAUAAUGCCCACAUCUUACAGUACAGGCACCAGGUGUUUGUGGUAGGCGGACAGGACGUGGAGCGGCCCGACGAUCCCCUGCACGGCGUCCUCAGCGUGGACACAUCGGGCAGAAAGUUCCAAUGGAAGGCUCUGAAGGACGUGCCGUUACCUAUCUCGGCCUACGGGGCUGUCAUCAUCCCACCCCUGGAAGAGCCAGCCCAGCGCCCGCCCAAUUGACCUCCACCGGAUAACAAACUGGCUAUUGCCAGAAUCACCAUAGGAUCUCAAUAAAUUAUUCUAUGUCCCUAUCAAUAAAUUAUUCUAUAUUCCUGUAAUAAACUGGUCUUCGGCUAUUUGAGGCA